UGUAGAUAUUAUCGGCUGGUUUCGGGACAGCACUGACCCACCGAGUUCGCUCUUCAAAAGUAGGAGUUUGUCAAUUUUUCUUUGGAUUACCCGAGACGAGAGAAUAUGCCGGGGUCUAUCGCUCGCACCAAUUCGUACGAAAAUGGACAUGUUGGAGAAAAAUUAAAAGUCAAGGCAAGAAAAAAUGGAUUAGUUGAUUCUAUGGGACACCACCCCACGCUCGUAUGGAACAAAAAAGUACCUAACUCUAAUCUAGAAAAGUUCAAGAGGAAAAUAGAAGAAAAAUACAACGUCCAUUUUGGCUCUUAUUGGGAUUUUCACAAAUGGAGCACUGAGAAUUAUAUAGAUUUUUGGGAAGAAGUUUGGAAUCACCUUGGUGUCAUCACGUCAAAGCCUUACGAUGAAGUGCUCGUAAAAACUGGUGAUGGUUUUUUGGAUAAUGAUUGGUUCAGUGGAGCGCUUUUCAAUUUUGCUGAAAACAUUCUUCGAAUCAGAGAUAACAGAGUGGCCCUCAUAUGUGCUGAUGAACUAGGGAACGAAGAGUCAGUCACUUUUGCGGAAAUGUUCAAAGAAGUAAAACAAUAUGCAGCUGCUUUUAGAGCCCAUGGGCUGAAGAAAGGAGAUACUGUCGCCUGCUACAUGUCCAAUAGAAAAGAAGCUAUCUAUGCCAUGUUAGCCACGACAAGUAUUGGAGCCAUAUGGGGAGGACCUUUGCCCUAUUACGGAGCAAGAGCUGCUUCUAAUAUUGUCAAAAUGAUGGAACCUAAAUUUCUAAUCACUGUGGACUGGCAUCAAGACAACGGGGAUGAAUUCAACACCUUUGAUAACCUGGCCAAAAUUGUCGAAAGUACUCCUUCGUUAGAAAGAGUGAUUAUAGUAGCUGUUAAACCAGAAACUUUAACGAAAGAUAUAUCUCAUAUUCGAAAUAGUUGCUUUUUAGAAGAGUUCUUAGAGAGCGGCCGAAAUGCUGAUGGUACAAUUCCAGACAUAGUAUUUGAGCAGUUGCCAUUCGAUCAUCCCAUAUGCAUCAAUUUUACUUCAGGAACGACUGGCUUACCCAAGGGUCCUGUACAUUCAGCUGGGACCUUCAUCACACAACUGAGAGAUUUUGCCUUUCACCUGAAUCUAAAAAAUGGUGACGUCAUCUUUACUUGUUACCCGGUUGGCUGGAGUCUGUGGGAUACGUUUGUACCAACUCUCGCGUUGGGGGUGAAACUGUUUCUGUACUGCGGAAGCCCUUACUAUGAGAGACAAGGCAGCAACUUCUGGGACUUGGUCGCACAGUACAAGGUCACCUUUGCUUUCCUUGUCACCAGCAUCGUGGACAAAAUGGAGAAACAGCAAAUGGUUCCCAGUGCUCACUCCAAUCUGGACUGCCUGAAGAUCAUCGGCAUCGGGGGAAGCCCGGUCAAGAAACAAAAUUUCGAGUACCUUCGAAACAAGAUCAAGAAGGAUUUGUUCGUCGGAAGCAUGUACGGUGCCACCGAAGUAUUCGGAGCAUUCUCUGGUUUUGAUCUCAACUCCCCCGCGUAUGGCGGCGAAAUCCAAUCUCCGGCACGCGUGGAUAUUCGAUGCUUUGACCACAAAGGAAACUCCGUCGUUGGCCAAAGAGGUGAACUCGUAAUAGCCACGCCCUCUCCAUCCUUCCCCGUGUUCCUGUGGAAGGACGUGAACCACAGUCGGCUGAAUGAUACCUAUUUCUCCAAAUACCCAGGCGUAUGGAGUCAAAAUGAUGAAUGUUGGAUAAACCCACGUACAAAUGGACUUGUAGUCAUCGGAAGAAGUGACGAUACCUUGAAGCAGAACGGCGAAAGAUUUGGAUCUGGUGAUAUAUAUUUUGCAAUUCACCAGAUGGAAGAGCUCCAGGACUACAUAUGCGUGGGACAGGACAAGUAUAACGGCGAUACCAGGGCCGUCCUCUUCGUUAAAAUGAGGAAAGGACAUUCCUUCUCGCAACAGAUUAGGGAGAAGAUCGCCAACACCAUCAACCGAGAACUCUGGGUGGACUACGUCCCGCAGGUCAUAUUGGAAGUGCCAGAUGUCCCGUACAAUCUAAACAACAAAAGGAUGGAGAGCGUUGUCCGGCAGAUCGUGGCCACCAACCAGGUCCCAGAAGUCAUGAACAUCAAAAAUCCCGAAUGUCUCAUACACUACUGCGAUAUCCCAGAACUGGUCAACUACAACAAACCGUGAUGCAAGCCAAACUUGAACUCAAUUACAAGAUCAUUUCUUCGUAAAAAUUGCCUACGAUCCAUUUACGGAUAAUAGAGAGAAAUUGUUGUACCAUAAAAUUCUAUUUGUUUAUAUUUUAUCUACUCAUUGUUAUAAAUAUUCAUAUUAUUUUACAUUUUUUGUGCUGACUGUUUUGCUUAUUUGUAUUAUUUCAUGUUUUAAGUUAUUUUUUUGCUUGUUAACUUAGAGUAUUUUGUGUUCAAGUUGAAUUUUGUAGUAUUUUCAUUUUUGAGACAAAAUUGAGGACUAUAGCGCACCCUGGUAAUAGAAACGGCACAACCCCAAAAUUUACCCUUGUUAAUUACGGUAGCGAUUGUAAAUUUACAAAACGGUGUAAUAUCGUUCUGAAAAUACUAACGGACGAAACAGAAUUAUUGGGUUUUUAGGGAAUGCUCAUUACUUAACGGACUAAUAAGUAUUAUGCCUGAUAUAAUUCAAUAAUAUUCGGUAUAAUCCUUAUUCAUCGGUACAAACGGAUGAGAAUUUUAUGGACCGAUUUGCAGGAUUUAAGGAUUUUCGAGGAGUGUUAUUUUUCUAUUCCCAGGAUACAGUAUUGUUUCAGGAUCAUUUCAAACGGAUUUCGUUUUAAUCUGCUGAGCUUUUUAUGUGUUGUUUAGCUUUUUAUUAUAACUGCAUUCAAAAUAAGUGAAAUUUCAUCCUUUUGUACACAUAAAAUAUGAUUUUACAGCUUCCCUUAAGUACUGGAGCCUUCGGAGUACGAUAGUUACGUACUUCUCUGCAUAAAUUUUAACUUAGAAAGUUUCAGAUGUAUAUAAAUUGUACAUAUUUAUUGACGUAUAUUAAAGAUGAAUAGUCUAUUAUUUUUAAAGAGUUGUUUUAUUCUUCUGUUUGAUGUAUUUUUGUACGUGAAUUUAAAUGUAA